AUGGGAGAAUCUCCAUUUGUGUCGUCUCUUAUUUAUGAACUGACUGAUAAGUUACCACAGGAGGAUGCAAAGGCCUGGCGGACAAAAGUUGGUGAAGGUCAGGUGAAGAUGACGCUAGAAGCAUUCAGCACAUGGUUGGGAGCAAGAGGAAGGUGUUAUUGGAGUGCAUUGCCCCCACAAAAUACUCGAAGAAAAGAAUAUCGUAACAACCGAAACCGUCCCAGAAGAUCUUUAUUUGGCCAGCAUAUUGCCAAAUGCGUGAAAUGUGAUGGCAAGCAUAGGACGGAGAACUGUACAAAGUUCAAAGAGUUGUCAACGGAAGACCGUUUCAACUUUGUGAAAGAGAAACGGCUCUGUUUUGGUUGCUUAGAAGAAUCUCAUAUUUCUCGAAAUUGUCCACAGAAAAAGGAAUGCGGCAUCGGGAACUGCAAAAGGAAACAUCACCCGUUAUUACACCAAGAAGAGAAUGUGCGUUCAACCACCACCAAGACACCACAGUCCGGUGUAGCGUUUGGAGUUGUUGAAGUUUCCGUCGUUGGUGCUGGCGGCAUUCAAGUGAAAGGAAACCUUUUGUUUGAUGAUGGUUCUGACACUACGCUGGUCACAGAAUCUUUUGUGCGAAAGCUGGGAUUGCGGGGAAAGAAGACCACGCUCAACAUUUCGGGUGUUGGAGGAAAAGAAAGCAAAAGAACGUCUUCUCAAGUGAACCUCCAUGUUAAAACACCACAAGGCAAUGCUGAAUAUGUUAAUCUCACAGCCUGGAGCCUUCCAAAGAUCUGUCAGCCAGUUGGAACUGUUCAAUGGCCUGAUAUCAAAAGAAAGUGGAAACACCUGGAAAAUGUUAACCUUAAAGCUGUUGGUGGUGAAAUUGAUAUCCUUCUUGGUCUUGAUCAUGCAGAUUUGUUGAUACCGUUGGAUGUAAAGAUGGGAAAACCACAAGAACCCGUAGCCAAAAGGACAAGUUUUGGCUGGAUGGCGGUCGGACUGGUUGGCAAGCCUCGUGGCGACAUCCACAGCUAUCACGUUGCCAGAGCUGAGCCAGAACAACUCGAUGUUGCCUUUAAGCAGUUUUGGGAUAGCGAGUCGUUUGGGACUAAGACAACGAACUUUCCACACUACUCCAAUGAUGAUCAACGAGCCUUGGAUAUACUGGAACACGAGACUAGGAAGUUGGAGACCGGUUACGAGGUCCCCUUGUUAUGGAAAGAAAACGAACCACAGCUUCAGAACAAUCGAGAAGUCGCGCAAAAGAGAUUGGAAGGCUUGCAACGACGAUUUGAGCGAGACCCAGAGUAUGAGAAAGAUUAUCGCAAAGCUGUCAGCAAGUAUGUAGAAGAUGGAUAUGCGCACAAAGUGGGUGAAGAAGACGACUUCAAUGGACCAAAUCAGUGGUAUCUCCCUCAUCACGGAGUAUAUAAGAAAUCAUCCGCCGAGAAGAAGAUCCGAGUAGUCUUUGAUGCCUCAGCUAAGUACAGAGGCAAAUGUUUGAACGAUGCUUUACUCCCAGGACCUGUUCUACAGAAUGAACUUCCACAAGUCCUCACAAAGUUCCGGGAAGGUAAUGUUGCAUUCGGAGCCGAUAUCGAGGCAAUGUUUAGCCGAGUUAGAUUGCAGGAGCAAGAUGCUAGAUAUCAUCGCUUUCUGUGGAAAGAGAAAAACAGUGAGGUCAUUGACACUUAUCAGAUGAACAGAUUAGCCUUCGGUGAUACCUCGUCACCAUGCGAAGCAAUUUAUGUCACUCGCCGAACUGCUAAAGAUCAUGGACAAGGACAAGAAGAA